AUGGGAAAAAAGAAGCGCGGAAACGGAUCUUCGAAAGGAGUUUCAUCGACGGAGAAAUCAUCAGUGAAACACACGGAUCGAUGGGCGAGCAUCGAGAAAGGAGAGGCGAGGAGCGCUGCUUCACUGCACUUUAAGGCACCGUCCGACGAGCCGAAGUUUGUGCAUCCGGCCAAAUUGGCCAAACCGAAGAAGAUCCACGACGGACUGGACGUCUCGAGAGUGCUGAUGAACGGGAAGCAGAGCGGAGGAACUAAGAGGAAGCAUCAGGAGACGCCGCCCAAGUUGAAGUCAAAGAAGCAGAAAAAGAACGAAGUGGCAGUGAAGAAAGUUGAGAAAAAGAAAGAGAAGAAAGGUAGGAAAGGAGAGCAAGACGAGAAUAAGCAAAACGAACUGUUUUCAGUGGGCACAACGUCCUCGACUCCUGUUGUGGAGCUUCUGGACGACGACGACGACGUGCUAUUUGUACCAAACGGCGGGAAGGCUGCGGUUGUGGAAAGGGACGAGUUCGGAGGCCUUUCAAGCGACGAUGAGUUUGAGGAGGAAGAGGAAUUCGAGGAUGAGAUGGAUGAGGACGAGACGGACAUUGACGAAGAGGAAAUGGUGCUCCGUCCUGAAGACAUCGCUCGGUACAUUGACGGAGGCGAAGAAGAAGUUGAAGAUGAAGAAGUGGAUUUUGAUGACGAAGAAUUGGAAGGUUUGUAGAAAUGGAACUGAACACUAAAACGUUUUCCAAUGAUCCCUUUCAGAUGAGGAAGAGUUUGAGGAUGAAGAAGGAGAAGAAGUAGAAGACGAAGAGGGAAACGAUGAGUCCGAUGUGUCUGAGAUGGAUGCCGAUUCAGAUGACGAAGGAUUCAUCGCCGGAAAGCACAGGGAGACGCACGUCAUCAAAGCGGAAAAGAGCCCUCGCCCUGGAAAACCGGUAGAUUUCGACAAGUUCCCGUUCACGGACCACAAUUCCGUGGUCACUGCCUCGCGGGCCUUCGGAUUCCUCAUCUCUCCGUGUGACGUGCAAACCUUUUUCGAGUGAGUUGGCCUCUUUGUGAACUAUACACUCCUUUCUGAUUUCAGCAAGUGGUACCAGUCGAACGUGAUGGUCGUCCAUCGCAAACAUUCUUCGUUCUACGGAAAUCUGUUCUCCACUGCCAGAUUGUGCGAACUUCUUGAGAAGAAUCAUCUGGAGUACGGUUCGAACAUAAACAUUGCUCAAUACAAAGGCGGAAUAAGAACGACUCUGAACGGGAGCGGACGGGUCUAUCCACAGAUUGUGAAACAGCAUCUCAACGUGAGCGUGGUCGUCUCCGACAUUCCCUAACUCUUGUCUCUUUCAGAAUCUCUGUUCCGUCCAACUCGUGAAUCCCCAAACAUUUGACGACCGUAUCUGGUACCUCUGUGAGGUAAUUCAGGAGCUUUUCGGCUGUUUCGUUGGCGCAAACACUUAUCUGACUCCAGCCGGAAGCUCCGGAUUCGCCCCGCAUUGGGACGAAAUCGAUGCGUUCCUUUUACAAGUUGAAGGACGGAAAUAUUGGAGAGUGUGGGCUCCUGAGCAUCCAGAAGACGAGCUUCCUCUUGAGUCUAGCGAUAAUUUCACCGAAGAAGAGAUGAAGGACCGCGAGCCCGUUUUCGAGGGAUGGAUCGAGGCAGGAGACCUGAUCUACAUCCCGAGAGGAUUCAUUCAUCAGGCACGCACUGACGACAACGUUCAUUCGCUGCAUGUGACUGUCUCGACCGGCAGGAAAUGGAGCUUCGCGGAUCUCAUGGAGAAGGUGGUCCCGGAGGCGGUCGGGGCGCUCUCUGAGAAUCGUCAAAAACUACGUCGCGGCCUGCCGAUCGGCUUGUUUGACAUGGGCGGAGUCGUGGAUUUGGACUACUCACAAGAAGAUCAUUUCGUAGAGAAGUUCAAGAUUGUCGUAGACAGACACAUGAGCAUGCUCCGUAACCUCGUGGCCGACGGAUUGCUCGAAAGUGCAGUUGAUAGUAUGGCCAAGGAGUUCAUGAAGCAGGCAUUGCCGCCUCUUCUCACUGAAAGUAAGUGCAUUGGGCAGAGAGUUCGCAUCGUCAUUCUCCGGUUUUCAGAAGAGAAGAAGCACAGUGUGCUCGGUUCGUCCAUCAAUUUGCUUGGAGACGACCUCGUUGUCUUCACGGCCCGCACAGAAGUCCGUCUGAUCCGGAAGCAUACGCAACGGCUUCUGAUGGAGAGCGAGGAUUCAUGCUUCAUCAGUCAUCGCAUGAACAACUCACGGUUGUUUGAAGGACGUCCUGAGCAGAUCGUCGAAUUUCCCGCCUCGGGAAUCGACGUCUUCCGUGUUCUCUCGAACUCUUAUCCCGAAUGGAGAACGCUCGAUUCGAUCUUCUCGUCGCAAGAAACGAAGACCAGCACGAGAAAGGAGAAGCUCGAUGCGAUCCAACGUCUUUUCCAGAUCGGAGUCCUUCUCAUCAAUAAUAAGGAAUAG